GGGUCCUAUUUUAAACUUCUAUUCUCGCUUGAAAUGGGUAUAUAUCCUAAAAUAAGUAAUGAAGUAAGAAGAUGUUUACUCAUUGGGAUUCUUUUCUUGAUUUAGGACCUGCCCAAGAACUUGUGGAAAGGUCAUUUUUUGAGAUGAUAGCGAGAGCGUUGAGGCCUGGUGGUGUUCUAUGCAACAUGGCCGAAAGUAUGUGGCUUCACACACAUCUUAUUCAUGACAUGAUCUCUAUUUGCCGUGAAACAUUCAAGGGUUCUGUUCACUACGCUUGGACAAGUGUUCCCACAUAUCCAAGUGGUGUAAUUGGAUUUUUGAUAUGCUCAACGGAGGGACCACCUGUGGAUUUUAUUCAUCCUAUCAAUCCUAUUGAAAAUAUAGAGGGAGCACUCAAGCAUCAAAGAGAACUAAGGUUUUACAGCUCUGAGAUGCACGCAGCUGCCUUUGCCUUACCAUCAUUUCUCAAGAGGGAGGUUCCUCUUCUUCGUGAUUCUCCAACCCCGGCUAAAUGAAUUUGUGCUACUUAGUAAAUAUUUAGCAGCCCUUAUUUAUUGCUCUGAUAAAUGUAGACUCACCUACGAUGGAAUUUAUGUGUAGCAAGCAUAGAUGCAACACUUUAUUAUGAACACUAGAAAAAUCAUAUUGCUAUGAAA